GCCUCCCCGGGAUUUUGGGGGAACACACACAGCUUUGACACCCUCCUGUGCCCCCCCCGCAGAUCACGCAGCACUACAGCAAGCCUCGCGUCACCCCGGUUGAGGUCAUGCCCGUCUUCCCUGACUUCAAGAUGUGGAUCAACCCCUGCGCCCAAGUCAUCUUCGACUCGGACCCAGCUCCCAAGGACACGAGUGGCCCGGCCGCGCUGGAGAUGAUGUCCCAGGCCAUGAUCAGGGGGAUGAUGGACGAGGAAGGGAACCAGUUCGUGGCUUAUUUCUUGCCGGUGGACGAGACGCUGCGCAAGCGGAAGCGGGACCAGGAAGAGGAGAUAGAUUACGCCCCUGAGGACGUGUAUGACUACAAGAUCGCUCGGGAGUACAACUGGAACGUGAAGAACAAAGCCAGCAAGGGCUACGAGGAGAAUUACUUCUUCAUCUUCCGCGAGGGUGACGGGGUCUACUACAAUGAGCUGGAGACCAGGUGGGGCUUGGUGGGGGGGGCACUGGGAGCCCCCACCCCACCUGGACGGGGGUGA